AUGAGCAAUAAGGAGUACAAUAGGCAGACGCCAGUGAAAUAUGUAACCCGAGCGUCCUCCUCGCUUCCAAAUCAGCAACGACAAUACACCCUCUGCAUCAAAACGCCUCUCAAGCUGCCGGCAGAUGGUGUCUUGUGUGUGAACAUGCACUGCCCGCUUUUUGCGGCUGGGGGACUGGGAAGAUACACAAGAGCGCAGACGUCGUUCGGGGCAGAGGAAACAGUAUUUACUGAUUUCUUUUCAGUGCAAGAGAUUUCCGACCGUCGAAUGACGCGAAACUGGACGCUUUAG